GGGCGCUUCUUGUCAUGAUCACAUCCGUCUGACAGCAUGGCGCCUCCUAUACCACAUUUAGCAGUGAGAGGGUCAGAAGGGACGUUUCUGCUCCAUGGACCACCAAACUGUGAGGAAAAUACAAGUUUCCAACGAGAUGCCCUGCAGAGCAGGUUCUUCACUUUCAGCAGUGACGGCAGCUUGUUUGGCUGGUGCAAUGGGGAUAAGGUCAAUGUGGUUAAAGCCUCGAAUGGGACUUUGGUGAAGUCUUUUGAUUUGCCGAAAGCAACGAUGCUGGAGUUCUCUCCUCAGAACAAAGUUCUGGCUACGUGGAAGCAGUACACCAAGACCCAGGAUAACCCACAGGGUGAUGCUAACCUGCAGCUUUGGGAUCUGCAAACAGGAGAGUGCAUCAAAGCCUUCUACCAGAAAAAAGCGCAGGGAUGGUGUCCGAGUUGGGCUGAUGAUGAAAGCAUUGCAGUUAGAUGUGUUAACAACGAACUUCAUUUCUUUGAGAACAACAACUUUGAAAAGAUCACCAACAAACUUCAUCUUCAGAAAGUGUCAGAAUUCGCUCUGUCUCCUGGAAACCAGCCGAGCAAGGUUUCUGUCUAUGUUCCUGGAAGUAAAGGUGCUCCGUCGUUUGUGCGGCUCUAUCAGUACCCUAACUUCAGCGGCCCCUCUUCAGCUCUGGCCAACAAGAGCUUCUUUAAAGCUGACAGAGUGAACAUGCUGUGGAACAAAAAAGCCAGUGCAGUUUUGGUGACGGCCAGCACUGAGGUGGAUAAGACUGGAGCGUCGUAUUACGGAGAGCAGACUUUACACUAUCUCUCCACUAACGGAGAAAGUGCAGUGGUGCAGCUACCGAAGAACGGCCCUAUUUACGACGUGUGCUGGAACCCUAACUCCUCAGAGUUCUGCGUGGUGUACGGCUUCAUGCCAGCCAAGGUCACGGUCUUCAACCUGAAGUGUGAGCCCGUGUUUGACUUCGGAACGGGUCCUCGAAACGCUGCGUUCUACAGCCCGCAGGGACACAUCCUGGUCCUGGCCGGGUUCGGGAACCUGCGGGGGCAGAUGGAGGUGUGGGACGUGAAGAAGUAUAAGCAGGUAUCUAAACCCCAGGCUGCAGACACCACCUUCUUCUCCUGGUGCCCCGACGGAGAGCACAUAGUGACGGCCACCUGCUCGCCCCGGCUCCGGGUCAGCAACGGCUACAAAGUCUGGCACUACACCGGGACGGUCCUGUAUAAGCAGGACACGCCGGCGGAUAAGGAGCUGUGGCAGGUGCUGUGGCAGCCGUUUCCCGCAGGAACGUUCCCGGAGAAAGGGGUGAAGUACCAGGCGGCGCCCAGCGAGCUCGGCAGCACCGAGGCCAAACCUGCCCAGGUCUACCGACCCCCGGCCCUGCGGAACAAACCGGAAACCAGCAGCUACAAACUGCAUGAAGAGGAACCACCACAGAACAUGAAGCCUGGUGCUGAGAAACCCAUGUCUAAAACAGCUCUGAGGAACCAGAAGAAACGAGAGGCUAAGAAAGCAGGAAAACAGGAAACCAAGGCAGAUGAAACCAAGGCUGAGGAAACCAAGGCUCCUACAGUGCCUGAGUCGACUUCUGCUAGUAAUGUUUCUGCUACAUCUGGAGACCCUGAAACUGACAAGAAGAUUAAGAACUUAAAAAAGAAAAUUAGGGCAAUUGAGGAGCUGAAGGAGCAGCAAGCAGCAGGCAAACAGAUGCAGAAAAAUCAGCUUGAGAAGAUGCAGAAGGAGGCCCAGCUGCUGAAGGAACUGGAGGAACUAGAGUUAGGGCUGUAGCAGACAUUUACCUUUUCAUUACAUAUCAAUCCUAUCACAACAUCACAGAUCCGUGUGUGAACGGGAACCAGAAGCUGAACCAGAUCAGAUCACAAACUGGUUUCAGUACAACCCCAUCAAAUCUGCAAACAUAAAACCCACCUUAAAGAAGAAAUCCGACGUGCUGCGAUUCAUUCUGUCUCUUUAAACGUGAGGCUGGAACCUACAUCAUGGCCUGGACCUCUAAAGGCAUUAUUGCUAUGCAAUGUUCUGUACAGUUUAUGAGGCAGGUUAUGCUGUUCUACACAUGGAGUUUAACCAGUGGAGGUGAAGAAGCUUCACUGCAGUGCCCACGUCACCAUCUGGACUCAUAUGUAGAUUAAAAGAGCAUGCCGUUUAGUUUCGAUAAAAUGAGGAAAAAGAAAAGUUUUUGCUUUGGGUUGUUUUUUUUGUUCGUCAUGCUGCCAAAAUGCUAAGUGAUUAAAUUUCCAUCAGAAAGAGAAAUAAAUAAUGGUUGCUUACAAACUACUUACA